GUUUGUGUGCGGCACAUGGUGGUGGUAUCGUUUGGCGUCUCUGUUUGUUCCAGUGAACUGUAAAAAAAUAGUAACACGGUAUUUUAAAAUACGGCUGAAGUUUUAUGAAAGUUCGGCGUUUUGAGCUUUGUUUUUAAAUUGACAAUUAUUUGUUGAUUUUGUACCAUACCGGCAUACCCAAGGUAUUACACGCAAGUUUUAUGAAACUGAGCUUGAUUGUAAAUGCGAAAAGAAAAUUUUUGACCAACAGGAAGAAAUGUCUGAAGAAUCAAGAACAUUGCUUUGCACUGAAUCAGUUAGUGAACUGAACACCAAUCUAGGCAGUGAGAAAAAUUCGAAAAUUUAUGUGGAAAGUCGUGAUCAAGAUCGUGAUCGUCCACAUGCAACAUCAAAUCUGGACACUUGUGCACAUUUGAUUAAAUCCAAUAUUGGAACAGGACUGCUUGGUUUACCUGCUGCUGUCAUGCACGCAGGCAUUGUGGUUGGUCCAGUUUGCCUUGCAGUCAUGGCAAUUAUUUCUGUUCAUUGCAUGCAUCUUCUUGUUGAAAGUUCUCAUGUCUGGUGUAAAAUGAAAAGAAAAUCAGCUAUGAGUUUUUCUGAGAUUGCUGCUGAAUGUAUGGAGAAGUUUUAUCCUGGGAAAGGAUGGGUUGGAAGCAUCGUGGUCAACGUAUUCCUCUGUGUAACUCAACUUGGAUUUUGCUGUGUUUAUGUUUUAUUUGUUGGGAGAAAUAUUGAGCAAAUCGUAUCAAAUUACUCCACGUUCAACGUAUCUAUAACUAUCUGGAUAGUUAUUAUUGUACCUUACUUUGUGGCGUUUUCUUAUAUCAAGAAUUUAACGGCCAUAUCUUGGUUGUCUUUAAUUUCUAUAUUUUGCAUGAUUCUUGGAGUCAUUUUUAUCUUCUACCAUUUAAUCUCAAAUAUUGGCGAUCCAUCUGGUCUUCCUGCUUUUGCUGGUGUAGAUACUCUUCCUUUGUUUUUUGGUGUUGCAAUUUAUGCCUACGAAGGAAUUGGUUUGAUUUUACCAUUGGAGAAUCAAAUGAAAAAACCUGAAAAUUUUUCUUGGAUUUUAAAUCUCUGUAUGGCAUUUGUUACAAUUUUAUAUGUUUCGAUGGGCUUAUUCGGGUACCUGAUGUGUAAAGAACAAUGUAAAGGCAGCAUAACGCUCAAUCUUGGUUCUGGAAUAUUUGUCACUAUCACGAAAGGCCUAAUUACUGCUGGAAUAUUUCUCACUUAUUUCAUUCAAGUUUAUGUUCCAUUCGAUAUUCUUGAACCGUGGUUUCUUAAACAUAUUUUGAAAGGUGAAUCGUUUUUUAAGAGUCUGGUUUUUCGAACUUUCGUGGUUGUUUUUACAGGUGUACUUGCAUCAGUCAUACCACAAUUGGAUAAUUUUAUUGCUCUGGUUGGGGCACUAAGUAGUUCGGCUCUAGCUCUAGUCUUUCCUGCAGUAUUUCAUUCAAUAUCAUGUCCAGAUCUCUCCAAGAUUGUUCAUACAAAAAACAUUGCAAUUGCUAUAUUUGGUUCAGUUGGAGGUAUCUUUGGAACGUUUGUAUCAAUAAAGAGUAUUAUUGAUAAUUAUUAGUUCCUUAAAAACAACCUAAUCUCUCAUGAAUUUUACUAUACCCGGUAAAAAGAGAUUAUUGCCACAAAAGACAAAAAACCUUGACGGAGGCCGCUUUUUGAAGCCAUUUUCCGUUGAGAUAGCUUUGUCGACACGAACGAGACAUUUUGGGGUUGUUUUUAAGGUAUCGUAAGAUCGCAACAUUCUGCAGUUCUGAGUUUUUUUUUAUCGGCUUGAUCAAAUCAACGGUUGAGGACACGUCACUUCUUAUUCAAAUUUAUUGAUGAUAAAGAGUAUUUGAUAUUUUUAUAAUUACUUGAUUAAAAGCAAUAAUCUUGCUCCAUAAUCAAUAUUGUAAUGAUAUAUAUAAUAUCUAAAGAAUGAACGACAAACACUGCUGUUUUAUUAAUUAUUGAUUGAAAAUAAUGAUAUUUUAACAUUGAUUUAUAUCUGUUUACGUAGACCACAUUUGAACGUUAGCUAUAAUAUCAUGAUAUGUUUUGUUAACUACUAGGUCAUAUAAACUAUACCUGUGUCGAAAUUGCAACCCCCUGUCUUUUCGUGCAAGGAGAAACAAUAGGGUGUGACAGGAAAAACACUUGUAUGCGAAUGUCUUCGCUACUUCAAAUUUGCAUGUCUUGCAGUAUUAAACCCAAUUAAACCUGUUUAGGCCCAUGCCCAUUCCAACUUUUUAUAUACACUACAUGAAGUAGCGCGCGCCAAGUUGGUGGCAGAAGCACUGACAAGAGAAGUGGCAACGAAGCAGCAAUUUGGACGAACGGACAAAGUGAAAUUAUAUUAUCAAUUGUUGAUGUCAGUAUUGUUCGCCGAAUCGUGAUGUAUCGUGUACCAGGUGCUGGAGGUGACCCAAAAUCAAACAAUAUAUCGGAAGAGAAAAAAUUAGCUAGGCAAUCCGUUUGGCAUUCUAUCUAUUUUUAUGUUGGCUAUGUAAUGAUUCUCAGGUUGGGUUCAAAACUGUUGAGUCUGAAAGGUGUUGUGUAAUAAGAAGAUUUAAAGAUGUGUUAGGUACUUUGCUUAUAAAAAGGAAAAGCUUAUCUAUUUGUUUACAUGCUAGUCAAAAUUUUGUAUGCAUGGUUAUUAAAUGCAUGUAAAUAAUGCCUAGACCUUUGUAAUUCAAUGAAACAUGAUCAUUUUUUAUAGUUUUGGCUGUUUUGCCAUUCUCAUUUUUGUUGUUGAUUGUUGUUAUUUUUUGUUUUGCUUUGUAUGACAAAACAUUUGGACAGUCGGAUAUUUUUGUAGAAGAAACUUGAAAUGUCAUAGAAUACAAUUAAUAAAAAGCUGGAUCCUGUA